GCAUAAACAUGAGAAGUCAGCCUAGGGCGUAACAAGGUAACAAACCACCUUGGCUCUGCAACCUCGCGUGAACGUCAAUCUCAGUAUGAAACACCAGCUUUGACACACCAGUCGACCUGGCGACAAAAAGAAGUUGGCCAUCCUACAGGUGUGUGAUACUGGGUAGAUGACGAAUCCAGGGGUUUGCUCAAGCGAGGUGGACCCGUUAAAGGGCGAGGAGGGGGAUGUAGGUGAAUCCGGGAUCGGUGGACCCACCUCGUCCAAGAAGAAGGGGGUCUGUGGAGGAGGCUUGCGCCUGUCUCAUCUCUCAGGCUGGCGCACAGCAGCCUUCCUCCUCGCACUUUUCCUCUGCCUCACCAUCGUCUUCGCCUUCUCGUUCAUCCUGCCCUGCCCCACACGGCCACAAUACCUAGUCACAUGGAACCAUACUUUACCUGCUGCAGCUGCUUACGAGUUUCUGGCUGUAGUACAUGCCAAUGAGGACAAGAUCAAAGACAUUAUUUUCAUCUACAAGAGCAAUAAUGGCAGUGAGAACACAACUUGUGAGACUGAAGGCUUGUCGUCUCCAUGUAUGUUUGUGCUGGCGGUGGAUGGAACUACAGGAGUGAAGAUAUGGGAACGUCCUUUGAACUUUGACCUGCAAUGGGCUCAGUGCGGAUUUGACAGAGUUGACGAAAAGAGCUCAAAAUGCCUCCUGGCUCAUACCAACACACUCACUGUCAUCUCCACACACACAGGUGACGUGCUGUGGCAGCAGAGCUCCUCUCCUGGUGUCGGGGCAGUGGCACCUGCACUGGGUGUCUCAGACCUAGAUGGUGACGGAACCAAUGACAUCGCUCUUCUCACGCCUCAGCCGAAUCAGAUGAAGCUGGUGUUCCUCUCAGGGAAGACCGGGUUACAGCUAGGCUCCGAGGUGGAGGUGAUUGCUGAGGAUUCAUCCUCUCACAUGCUGCACAAGACGGCCGGGGAGGCGCAGUACCUCCUUCUGCAGACAGGCUCUGGCUUGUAUGCUGAAGGGUUGUGGAAUCUGGUGGCAAAAGCCAAUCUUGACACACCGCUAAAAAAAGAUCCAAAGUGGGAGAAGAGGAGGAAUGGGACGGGACCAAUAAUGAUCUACAAGUCUUCAUCUCUGCUGCGAGUAUUAAGUGUUGCUGUGGACACUGGAGUUCCCUCUCUGUUGCUGAUGGCGGGCCAGGAGAACCAGGACCAGCCCAAUGCCACCAUCACAGAGCUGCUUGAUGGGGAGAGUCUUACUUCCCUCUGGAAAACCAAUACCAGUGAACCGCUCAGUCAGCCAUCAUUUGGACAUUUCAACAAAGAUGGCAUUCCUGAUGUGGUGAUAGAGGAGGAUGCUGGAAAUGCAACCAAGAGGAUUAUUAUUCUAGAUGGAAAGACGGGAGAAGUGUUGUGGGAGGUCCCUUUACUGGCUCUGCCACACACACCUGCCCCUUCCUCAGUUCUCACCAUUCAGUCCUACUCUGUGUUUAUGCUAUGGGGAGAGACACUAACCAACCAAACAGGCACUGGAAUGGAGCAGCGCUUCUCUUAUCUCUUACACCCUUCCUACUCUAAUCUACUGUUACAGAGGAGUAGUCCAGUGGAGCACAUUAUUGCUUUUAAAGCCACUCUACUAGAGCGUGGACGUCACGCCUCCUACCUCCUCCUGACCGGCCCUCACGCCAGCGAGGGGGUGGAACCAGAAGAGGCGGGAUCAGUGGUUCUGACCAAGCGCAAGCUGAAGGGCGACGUCUCCGACAGCACGGUGCUCAGUGUGAGUGGACCAGUGACCCAGGACAACGUGAACGUCGUCAAAGAAGCCUUCGAACGACUGCGCUUCAGUGACUAGCGGGCACACCAGGGUUAUGCAGAUUUUUGCUUUACGUGUGUUUCCUGGUGUUCCACUUUAAUCAUUAAGAAGAAAAAAAUGCCCUGCUGUGGUUAUGUCCUCGCUAUCAGGUAGAGCUGAAACCCAAGAUAUUUUGCACUGCAAUAGGAGGAAAAAGGGCUAAUCCUUGUUUCCUCCAUGCACACACUGUUUGACCCCAGCCAUGACACUUUUAUCUUACAGCGCUCUCAGCUGAUCACCUCAGAUGACACUAACCAACUUCACUCUGUGGCCUUAAGUACACCUAAGUACUAGCUUAAAACACUCAAGGGAAUUUAUCUCAUUAAUGUGCAAUUAACCUGCACCCUGUAAGCAUUUUAAUAAACAUACUUGACCUCCCCCCUUUUAAACUGUAAUAGAGGAUGAGACAUUAUCAUCAAAAACUGACCACCACUGUAGUGCAAUCACAUCCUUCUUGGGAGUCAGUUUAAUCAGUUUCAAACAGUUUGAGAAGCCUACCGGUACAUGACUUUGUUAGCGCUAUGCAUGGAGUUCUGCAUUUAACCAUAGAAAAACUCUUGCACAGUUCUGAUCAAAUUGUAGCAUUUUUUAUUCCUGAAUUACCAUCUGAACUGAAAGAAUGUUGUUGGUGGGGGAGUCACAGUUUUCAUCUUCCCCAUAACGGAUGAUGUCUCUCAAGAUAAUUGAGAAGUAAGAAUAACAAAGAACUGUAGAAUGUGCUGUUUGAGGGAGUCCGGCUCUUGUGUUUUUGUGUAGAUAUUUAAGAUAUGUAUUCUGCUGCCUUAUGGGUCUGCUUUUAGUGGCACUGUAGUGUGAAGCAAGAAUGCUGUUUACUGCUGUGGAAUUGAGAAGAAAUACUAACCUGUACAGAUGGAUACCCGUCAGCUUUUGUUUGUUUUUACCUGUUGAACUGUUACGCACAGGCUCUUUUUUGUGUUUACAAUGGAUUCAGCAUGUGCUUGAACAGUCACUGCCUCUGUCUGUCCUGGUGGGGCCAUAUGGGAUGUACUUUUGAUGCACUCUGUGAUGCCGUUUUAAUGAUUAGAGGCUAAUUGUGUGCCUGGGACCUGUGCUGUAUAUUAUGUUCAGAAUCAGUGAAUAUUCAUCAGCGCCCAGCGAUCAGGAAACCCAGGAAUCACAAUGUUUGCUGAACCAAAGCAUCCUGAAUAACAGGAAAACAUGUGACGUAUUGUUAUUGUCAUUGUGUUAUUGCAAACUGUGGCUUUUAAAAGUAAGGUCAGUGAUAAGGGAGUGAGACUUCACUGUGGCAUAUUUCUUUACAUACUUAUUGUACGGGAACCAGACAAUCUUGACUAUAGACUAGACUAAGACUAUAUUUUGAGAAUAUCUGUUUUGAGUGGGACUUAUAAACCUGUGGAUCAGGGUUUUAAUGCACUGUGGAAUACAAUCUUAUUUUCUGUUAAUUAAAUUAAGGCUGUAGAUAUUCAAUAUUAUGACCAAUAAAAUCUUUGACACAAAA